AUGCUUGGCGAUUACAAAGAUGCAAUUCUAUGGGCUGAUAAAGUUUUGUCUAUCGAUUCAAAAAAUGUCAAUUCAUUACAUACUAAAGGUUUGAAUUCAGUUAAUAAGAUAAUAGCUGAAUGUUUAAAAUGGCUUGAUAAUUACAAAGAUGCAAUUUUAUGGGCUGAUAAAGCUUUAUCUAUCAAUUCAAAGCAUAUCAAUUCAUUAUUUACAAAAGGCGAAUCAUUAAGAAUGUUGGGUGAAUAUGAAGACGCCAUUAAGAUAUUAGAUGUAGCAUUGAAUUAAAAUCCGAAUCAUGAUUAAUCUCUCGUCUGCAAAGGAGCCUGUUUACAAUCAUUAUAAAAAUAUUAAGAAGCCAUCAAUUGCUAUAAUUAGGCAAUUUAGAUCAAUCCAAAUUAUUAAUUUGUUCAAAAUCAAAAAAGUAUAUAUUAGUUUAGAUCUAUAGUUGUUUGUGAAAAUCAACUGAAGAAACAAUAAAUUAGAAAAUGA